AUGACCUCUCUACCACGCACUUUCUCUCGCAUUUCAGUUCCUCGUUCCUUCUCCACCUCUGUCCGCCGUCUCGCCCAAGAGCCCUCCCCUGUCGACCCUCAAGCCGCCAAGAAUACAAAGGUGACGGCCAACUACAACAACCCUCAGAUCCCCAAGCCCCGCAGAGGCCCUUACGCAAACUCCCCCUUGCCCGUCUUUCCUCUGCUCGCCAUCUUCUUCACCGGCUCCUUCCUCUUCUACAAGCUCUCAAAGUCAAGAGAAGGUCAAGGCAAAUCCCACUACGUCCUGCCCCCUAGAGACAAGAAGCCUCCACCUGCCAAAGAGUUCAACUCCAACCUCCACUCCGAACACUAA